AGGCACCCAUGGCCUGGCACUGAGCCCCCUGCCUCGUCCCUUGCCUCAGGGGUGGCCUCGGUGCCGCUCGACCAGGGAAACGGCAGCCAGGAGCUACAGGAAGAUGAUGUGCCUGCCCGUCUCCCCACCGGCGCCGGCGUUGAGGACGUGGCUGAGGCUCGGGCUCUUCGUGCUGCUCUGCCUUGGGAUAGGCCAAGCACUGGAGAAGAAAGUAGUCAAAAGCAAAGUGGGGGAAAAGGUCAGCCUGCCAUGUUGUCAUGAAAUCCCCAUCUCAGAAAGCCUACACAAGUACCGGGUCUACUGGCAGAAGAACAUUACAGACGUGGUGCUGGCCUACUCAGAGGGGAAUAUGAUCUCCAGUCACAAGCGGUACCAGAACCGGACAGAGAUGGACCCCUGGAACCUCACCCUGUGGAUCUCCCCCAUGGAGAUCCUGGACAAUGGCUCUUACCAGUGUGUAGUUCAGCGCAACUCCGUUGUCGUGUGUGACGAGUCCGUCAUCCUCUUUGUCACAGCUGACUUCAGCAAGCCCAACAUAACAGCAGAAGUGUCCGCUGAUUCCUGCGAGUCAACUGAGAUGGUGAUAAUAUGUUCUUCUCACGGAGGUUUCCCCAAGCCCAGGAUCUCUGGAGCUCUCGACAACAUGUCCAUGGAGUGGAAUGCCACCUGGGUGUCCGAGUCCAGCUUCAGCCCAUACAACGUCACUGGAAAGCUGGUGCUCAAUGUGACCAAGGAUGUCAACAUCACUUGCUCCGUUGAAUACAAUGGCUUUGCAAAGUCCACCAGUUUGCUUCUGAAAAAAACAAACGACUGCUUUGUUCCUCCUGUGCCUCCACCUUAUAAUGUCAUUACUGCUUCAAUUAUCAUCGUUAUCACCUUCAUUCUGGCUAUCACCCUGGCAGCAAGAUACCUCCCAAGGCAUGUUUGUUCUCACUGUUGUAAGGGCCAGAAUUCGGUGGAAGAGGGUGUGAAAGACUCUAUGAAGGCACGCUUGAGCGAUAAAGGGACAGCUGAAACAUCAUCUGUAUGACCAGAUUGCAUUUGCAGUCCCUCAGGUUCUUCAUGCUGUGCACUCCGCACUGCAGACUCCACUGUUUGUUGUACAACAAUGCUUGCUGCAUGGACCCUUUGGCUCUCUGCAAGGGGGUGCCAGCAGGAGAAAACUCUGCUCACCACAGCUGACAACACAACCUCCUGUGAAUGAAUGCAAACCCCCACCCAUGCCACGGAAGCUGUGGGGUGGCCUUGUUACAUUGGGGUCGCUGGGAUUCCAACUGGGAGGACCCUCCGUGUUCCUGCAGUGGGGCAGAAGAAUGGCAUCAAUGGCACACCAGGUCAAGACUUCAGGCACCUCUGGCUUGAUGCUGCCUCUGUGAGAAUCAGGGGCCUGCAGAGCCCUAGCAGGGAGCCCAUGCCCACCUACCCCUUCAGUAACACGGAGCUGCCCUUUGGGAGACCCCAGAUCCCAACACGUAAUCUUGUCAGUUUGUGCCUCCAUGUUGCGACUGGGAGCAGCUAAAACUUCUUUUCUAUUCAGCCUCACACAAGUAUCUGUUCUUCGUGCUGGAGGACUUUGGAUUUGAACUUGACCAUUACAGAUACACAUCCCUUCUCUCCUAAAGACGCAAUGAUGGGACACAUAUUUCAUGCAAAAAGCCACCUUGGAAGUGAGUCUGUAUGCCUCAUGCUUAUUUGCAGCGCUACGAGACUUUUUAGGGAAUGAUAGACUCUGACAGCACCCCUAAGAGCUGAUUAAUAUUGCUUAUCUACAGCAGUGGCACAAGUUCUCAUAACCAUUUUCUCCUGGAAGCACAGCCUUGCCAACCCAGGCACUGAGGUACGGCUCCUCCAUGCAGUUGCUGUGUGAGGGCACACAACCUGUGCACACACAUGGCCAAGCUUCCAUGUGCAUUCCUUCCCACCCACACCUGUAAAGCCCCACUGGAACUUGUGUGUCAGUCAGAGGUUAUCUCGUGUGUAUCUGCUGUCAUCAAAUGUAACUCGGGCCUUGCUUCAUAAACAUGGGUCUGCUUCUGUGUGUACAUCUGCCGUGGGAUACUUGUUAGGGAAAGCUCUGCAGAUUUUUGGGAGUCUCUCACAGCAACGUAAGGAUAUUUACUUUGCACUGAACAUUGCUGCUUUCUGCCAGUGUUCUCUCUACCCAGCCAGGACUAGAAGGAAUUUCCCUACAGGAUGCUAACAUUGGACAGGACUCAUCUGAUCAGGGUGACAUUCUUGCCUACUGUGUAGGAAAAAAAUAUUUCUCAUUUUGAGGGGAAAGGAGGAAAAUGCCCCAACCCCCAACAAGCUUCCUAAGCAACUCUGCAUGCUGACCUAGCUCCACCGUGCCCUGAGUUUGGCUGUUAUGUUUUCCCUUUUGCUCUGCAAGCUGUACCCAUUCCCUCACUGUUCUAUCCACGUUAUCAGGGCAUACCAAAGCAUCUGAAAGCACGAUGCCCUCCUCUUUGUGGGAUGUGUUGUUACUUGAGCUGCUUAUCUUCCUAGGGCACAGCAAAGACAUAUUCCAUCCAUUUCACUUUUUUCCUAGUUGGUACAUAUUGAGAAACUGCUGGAGAAAAUAGGAGGAUUAAAAGUGGUUUAUAGAAUAUUGAGCUCUGAGAUUAAGUAAAAAAUAAGACACUGCUACCUUUCUACUCCUGCAGAGUCACACUGUUCCAUCAUCUUUUUACUGCUUUCCCAUUGUACCAAGCAUAAUGGGAACUUCAGAACAUUCUUACAGAGGAGUUUUUGAUAGAGAAAAGGAGGAAAGCUGGGGAAUAAGGAAACAAUUGCACUUGUGUGUGUUCUGGUUGCAAACAGAACACAGGUGUUUCCAAAAGGCAGCCUGACCCUACUGCAGGACUUGCAUGAGUGAUGUGUCUCACACUCUUCAGGUUUCCUGUUCUUUCAGCCUCUGCUUGCUCCUUCCAGCACAAACCACCAGCUUCUUGCAGGCUGACCACCCUCUUUUGGCAUUCACUUCCAACUUUGCUCAUUUCCAACACUAUCCUUCCCUAUAACCACACUGCAAUUCCACCUUGCCAGCCACACCACAGCUCUGCCAGUUGUACCAGCAUGUUUUCCCUCUCACUAUCUAUACCGUGCUCUGCUUCUGCUCCUGACUAGUGAUUGUGCAGCCUCACCGAGAAGGGUUUGUCUUUUGCACUGUACCAAACCUUUCUACAUCACCACAGACUCCAGUAACACUUUCAGUAACUAAAGGAAACCAAAAAUUUCACUGACAAGUAUGUCUAGCAUCGGGGGGUUUUUAUAUGCUUGAUGGGCAGGUUAUUUUGUUAGUUUUUCCUUAAGCACUAACAUUCUGGAUCAUGUUUUCUACUGCCUUAUGCUGUAUUCAGUGAAUUGCACACAAAUGGUUUCUGUGAGACCUUCUCAGCUUCAUAUCUGUGUCACUGUAGCAGGUGAGCUGCUCUGUUUACCAUGGGUGUUUUGUAUAUUAUGUUUUUUCCUGGGGUUCCUCCUUUAAUUGUAUUAAAAAAUUAAUUGUAAACUCCAUUUCCUUUCCUUAGUAAUAAAAGAUGUCUGUCUAUGUGCUGGA